AUGGCUCCAAUCCUCGCUUCCUAUUCAGUUGAUAAGUGCCCCAAGGUGUACGAGGAGUACAAGUUCACCCUACCGGAUCUGUAUCGUGAAGUGGCCAAAGAGGAACUUCGUGAGGAUGAGGUGGUUCGUGAGAAAGCCCUCGCAGAAAUGCGUCACUGGAUUGCGGAAAACCCGUACAUCUUCAAGUGUCGUACGGAUGCAAAGUUCUUGCUGCGCUUUCUCCGCUUCCGUCAGUUCUCCGUACCGCUGGCUUGCGAGGCACUGGAGCGCUAUCUGACCGUUCGGGAGCUGUUUCCGAGCUGGUUCAAGAACCUGGACUGUUCUGAGCCCAUCAUGAAAGAAAUAUUGGAGAACGACCCAUUCACCUACCUCGGUCAAGAUGGAGCAGGCCGUGCAGUGUUUUUGGCACGGUUUGGACGAUUUCAUGGCGACAAACACAGCGCUAUCCACGAUUCACGAGUUAUGGCACUAGUCCUGGAAACUGUUCUCGAAUGGGAAGAGUUCCAGAUCGGUGGCUGUCAGGUGUUUAUAGACUAUCGUGAUUCCACGCUUAGUAGCUUUGAAAAGUGGAGCUUAAGCGAGUUGAAAAUCAUUAUGGAUGUGUACAGUCGAUCGUAUCCGGUUCGGUAUAGCGAGAUCCAUGCGGCAAAGCUGCCAAAGUUUGCUGUUCCUGUUAUUACAUCGGUUCUCUCGUUUACAAAUCCAAAGCUUCGUGAAAAAAUCAGAUGCUACUCAUCAAUUGCGGAACUGGAAAAGCUUAUGGAACCUUCAAACAAACCGACAACGUACGGUGGAACAGUCGAUUUGGAUGAGCUGAAUCGUGAAUUCCGCAAGCGUAUUGAAGAUCAGCGACAGAUUGUUCUCGGGCUCGAUGGAACGGAGAUCGAUGUGGAACAUUAUGCAGCGUUGUGGGACAAGGAGGAAGUUUCGGUUGAGGAAGAUGUGACUGGAGCCAUGCUGGAGCAGCUAAACAUUAAAUGA